GGUCCCACUACUUUCUACUUUCCCCUCCAACGGACCUCUUUUCCCUUGCUGGCAUCAUGCUUGCUUGCUCUUGGACAACCCCCCGAAUGCAGCCUGACUGUCUCCUCCGAGAUCAGAAUCACCAUCCAGACGACACGUACUAUGCAGGAUCCUUGCAGUGGCUUGCAACGGACAUGAAUUUUCUGUCACCAUGCACUACGAAGUAUCCGUCGAGCCGUACGACUCCUGCCAUUGCCAAACCAGGGUAAGUGCGGCUCUGAGACAGCAUCCUUCCGAGUUUUGACUGGGGACUGCUGUCAACGCUUUGCAUAUAUUUGCUUCAUCCCUACAACCUAUUCCCUUGAGACCCAAGGUAAGGCGUGAGAUCAUGCUUUCGCUAAGAAGCCUCAAUAUCAUCCUUGUUCUGCGGCAUCAAGCGUCUCUUCUUGCAGAAAGCGCUCCAUCACCGCCACAGUCUUCCUUCUUGCUGAUGACAACGUCGCGGUUUGCUCCGGUUCUCGAGUCAAUUCCUGGUUUACGUGACCGGGCAUGUCAUCCGGCUUGCUUCAGCUUCCCUUUGACGUCCUUCAUCAGGUGGCCGGUCAACUUGACAUUCAUUCCUACGAUAGCCUUUCGAAAACCUCUCAUUCUCUGCACCAACAUCUUCAGAAUGAGAACACUGCAAGGAAUUCCAUCCAGGCGAGCAUCUUACAUGCCACUUGGGCACAAAUCGCCCUAUCAACCCCGAGCACCAGUCUCAGGAGGGCACUUGACCGGUGUAACCUAUCCAACGAUGCUCUGCGAACAGCCUCACCGUAUUCUGCAAGUAUCGCAGGGUAUGCCACGAGCUUUGCGUACGACUCUGGCGUCUUGUGCUACUCUAGCUGCAACUCUCUGCGAAUUCUCGACUUCAACCACCACCGAAAACUGGAAAAGGUCUUCAGCGGUGCAGUCUUUACGAAUCACAUUGUCUCGGCGACCCAGCACAAAGUGAACAUCGAGCUUGAAUCUCUGAAGUCUAUCCAGCUUUAUGGAUAUGCGCAUGACGUAGUCGUUCUGACUUGUGAUCUCGGGUUACACGGCCACCAUCUCUUCGCGGUCAAUAUCUCGGAGAAAUUCAAUCACCCAUCUCGAACGACACAGCCCCGACGACGUUCGCGUAUCUUGCUUUGGACACACCUCCUAUCCACCACCAAGCUCUUCGUCAGACAUAAUGCCAAGUAUCUGGUGCUGGGCACUCACACGGCCAUUGGCGACGACGGACACCAUGAGUGGCUCUUACAACGAUUCGAUCUGGGGACGUCCAAACCACUGACCAGAGAACCACUUCAGCUCCGCAAGUUUUUUGGAGCUGAGAUCGGGUCGACCGUCUGCUUUACAAUCUAUGAGGACAAGUUCUACGCUCUGACCAACCAAACCAGCUUCGAGAGCGAGGAAGUCGAUUGGACAAGUUACUAUCAUUUCAUUUCAUUCCCAAUUGACGAACUCAACCCGGACAUUAAAAUACGCAUGAUAUGGCGGAGACAGCAUCUCGAAGGCCCAAUAAAUGAUGCAUGGGCGGACAUCGGGUUUCAAGUUGAUUGCAGGAGUGGUGAGUUGCUGGUGGUGGAGUGUCGCAAGGAGUGGGUCGAUGGCGGAAGUCGGAGUAUCAGGACGUAUUAUAGCCAGCCGUUCGAGAGGGCCGAGUAUGUCGACGUGGACGAUGGGACGAGGUUGAGGGCGCCCCCGGAUGAUCCGUUGAGCAGGACGCUGGAUGACAAGAGUAAGAGUUCAUAUGAGCGCGCGCAUGUGCGUAUUGCACGGUAUGUUCACUCGGAGUUCCCGAGGGGUGGAGAUAGUGAGAAAGGGAAUGUCAAGGAGUAUAUCCGUGCGAAGACCAAGUGGAAUGGGUAUGACUUUAAUAAGCAGUGUUUUGUAGAUUUGGUGAGCGAGGAAGUUCGGGAUGAAGGCAGUUGGAGGGCUCGCGAGAGGGUCAGGGUACGCGUUGUGAGUCGGCAUGAAGUGAGUCCUUUGGUGGUAGAUGAAGGUGCAUAUUUAGGUGCAAGUGCUACAAGGGGGCCCGGCGGGAUGGCGGCGAAGAAGGAGAAAUGGAUGGUGCGACCGAGAGUGAAGAACGAAAAGGGUAUAGAGUUGAGAGAUGGCGAGGAGAAGUAUACAUCCAGCUCGAUAUUCUUGUGGCCGAGAGACGAUCAGGGUGUGCUGAGGGGGUUGGACGACAUUUUGUGUCCCGGCGGACGGGCCGGCGAGGUCAACGCUGUCCUCGGCGAUGAAGGGAUCGUCUAUCUUGCAGGCCCGGCUGAUGCGUCAAAGGGAGGAGAGCGGGCGCUUGUGUUUGUCAGUUUUGAUCCGACAUUCGGCUUUGACGGGAUGAAGAGGGUCGAUGGGACGACGGCCGUGGCGAGGAAGAAAGAGGAGGAAGAGGGAGAAGACGAGGCGGCAGCGGCGACCUCCCCGGCAGCGAUUGUCAGUCAGAGAAAGAGGAAGACCGACUUCGCUUUUGACUCUGGUUCUGGUUCUGGUUCUGGUUCUGGUUCUGGCUCUGCAUCAGGGCAACUCAAUAUGGAACAUCAGCGUCUGGUUGACCGCCGGACGACAUGGGCAAAGGCCGAGUCGGAGUCGGAAUCCUGCAAUGUCGGACUUGGACUUGGACUUGGACUUGGAUUGACUGCGGCAUCGCCCCAGCACCAGACUGCGGACUUGUGGUCGAAUGAGGUCACGCUCGAGCCGUCGGCAGUACAAGCACAAGCACAAGCACGAACACGAGCACGAACACGACUGGAUGCUGGAUCCGGACCUGCUUCUGCUUCUGCGUCUGCUUCUACUUCUGGACUUCAAACACCACAAGGCUCCUACAUGUCCACACCUCAAGCACCACAAGGACAAGGCCCGGCAUUCUGCCUCCCUGCGCCAACACUGGGGACCACCAUGUCAUGGCCACCGUCACCGCCGCUGCCACUGCCACUGCCAGCGCCGUUGCAGACGGCAACGCUGCCGAUACCAGAUGCAAAGCCACGAUCACCACCACCACAGCCGCGACCAGAAACGACAGAACGGCAACUUCUUCCCACGUUGACAAGCCCAGAAGGAAGAGACACUACCGGCGUCAACGUCAAGGACGGUUCACAAACCAAGAUGAAACCGAAACCAUUGUCUUAUCGUGAGAAGGCUCCUUAUAUCUCGAUUGGGAGGGGGUAUUGGUUGCGGUGAGCAUGACGUGGUGACCAAGAGGGGGAUGAGAAACCGUGGGAAUGGGAAUACGAAGGGUCAGAUAGUCAGGGUAUCUGAAAUGAGCCAAAUCUUUUUCUUAGGGCGCGCCAUGAGGUAUUAAAAGGGGUUGAGAUAAAACCUUUGAAGGGGGCACAAUUUCAUUCCAUUAUAUCCCGUAUGGCGAAUGGCGGUAGCAGAGGUCAAGAUAUAUUCAUUUUACUUCUUUCUCCAAUCCCAGCCUUCCUUCAGUGCGAGGAUC